AUGGCCGAUGAUGAGGACAGAGUUACCAUGCCCUUCAAGUUCGUGACUGGCUUCGAUGCGCGCUUCCCCAACCAGAACCAGACCAAGCACUGCUGGCAGAACUACGUCGACUACCACAAGUGCAUCCUCGCCAAGGGUGAGGACUUCAAGCCUUGCCGUCAGUUCUUCCUCGCCUACAGAUCCCUCUGCCCCAGUGGUUGGGCCGCAAGAUGGGACGACCAGCGCGGUGAGUCUCCAGUCAAUCUAGCAUCCAAGAACGAUUCACUCAUCAUACAAUGCNNAGAGAACGGCACUUUCCCCAUGAAGCUGGACGAGUAA